GAACGCGCCGCGGCAGCCAUGUUAGUCGUGGCCAGCACCGGGGCCGGCACGGGGGGGUUAACGAAGCAGCUGUCACGAUGCUGGGCUCCCUGGUGUUGAGGAGAACGGCGCUGGCGCCGCGGCUCCUCCUCCGGCUGCUUAGUUCCCCAUCGCUCCAGGACCAUGGAGGUGCCUCCAGUCGGAGUGUAACCACUGGGGACUAUGGGGAGCCGCAGUGGCGGAGCGUGGCCGCCGGGGAGCGCCCUCGAACACCGUCGGCCUUGCUCCCCGGAGUAGGGGCAGCCACCGGGCGGCACCAGGGAGGACGCACGGAGACCCAGUGCCUGACUGCCGCCACGUGGGGACGCCUUCCUAGCCCCGAAGAAACACCCACGGGACAGGACAGCUGGAACGAGGUCCCCAGCAGAGCCGGACUGGGCAUAUGGGCCCUGGCCACGGCGCUGGUGGUUCAUUGCUACAGCAAGAGUUCAUCCAACAAGGAUGCAGCCCUGAUGGAAGCUGCCCGUGCCAACAAUGCGCAAGAAGUCAGCAGAUUGUUGUCGGAAGGUGCAGAUGUCAAUGCAAGGCACAAGCUUGGCUGGACAGCAUUGAUGGUGGCAGCCAUCAGCCGAAAUGACAGUGUGGUGCAGAUCCUGCUUGCUGCUGGGGCUGACCCAAACCUUGGGGAUGAUUUCAGCAGUGUCUACAAGACUGCCAAGGAGCAGGGAAUCCAUUCUUUGGAAGUCCUGGUUACCCGGGAGGAUGACUUCAACAAUCGGCUGAACAACCGUGCCAGCUUCAAGGGUUGCACAGCCUUGCACUACGCUGUCCUGGCUGAUGACUACCGCACCGUCAAGGAGCUGCUUGAUGGAGGAGCCAACCCCCUGCAGAGGAAUGAAAUGGGACACACACCCUUGGAUUAUGCCCGAGAAGGGGAGGUGAUGAAGCUUCUGAGGACUUCUGAGUCCAAGUACCAGGAGAAGCAACGUAAGCGGGAGGCUGAGGAGCGGCGCCGCUUCCCCCUGGAGCAGCGGCUAAAGGAACACAUCAUUGGCCAGGAGAGUGCCAUCGCCACUGUGGGUGCUGCGAUCCGGAGGAAGGAGAAUGGCUGGUAUGAUGAAGAACACCCUCUGGUCUUCCUCUUCCUGGGAUCAUCAGGAAUAGGAAAAACAGAGCUGGCAAAGCAGACAGCCAAGUACAUGCACAAAGAUGCCAAAAAGGGCUUCAUCCGGUUGGACAUGUCUGAGUUCCAAGAGCGACAUGAGGUGGCCAAGUUUAUUGGGUCCCCACCAGGCUACAUUGGUCACGAGGAGGGUGGCCAGCUGACCAAGAAGUUGAAGCAGUGCCCCAAUGCUGUGGUGCUCUUUGAUGAGGUGGACAAGGCCCAUCCAGAUGUGCUCACCAUCAUGCUGCAGCUGUUUGAUGAGGGCCGGCUGACAGACGGGAAGGGGAAGACCAUCAACUGCAAGGAUGCUAUCUUCAUCAUGACCUCCAAUGUGGCCAGCGAGGAGAUCGCACAGCAUGCACUACAGCUGAGGCAGGAAGCUUUGGAGAUGAGCCGUAACCGUAUUGCUGAAAACCUUGGGGACGUCCAGAUUAGUGACAAGAUCACCAUCUCGAAGAACUUUAAGGAGAAUGUGAUCCGCCCCAUCCUGAAAGCUCACUUUCGGAGGGAUGAGUUUCUGGGGCGGAUCAAUGAGAUCGUCUACUUCCUCCCCUUCUGCCACUCGGAGCUCAUCCAGCUAGUCAACAAGGAACUGAACUUCUGGGCCAAGAGGGCCAAGCAGAGGCACAACAUCACAUUGCUGUGGGACCGCGAGGUGGCAGAUGUGUUGGUUGAUGGCUACAAUGUGCACUAUGGUGCCCGCUCCAUCAAGCAUGAGGUAGAGCGCCGUGUGGUAAACCAGCUGGCAGCAGCCUAUGAGCAGGACCUGCUGCCGGGGGGCUGUACCCUGCGUAUCACUGUGGAGGACUCAGACAAGCAGCUGCUCAAGAGCCCUGAACUGCCCUCACCCCAGGCUGAGAAGCGUCUACCCACACUGCGGCUGGAGAUCAUUGAUAAGGACAGCAAGACCCACAAGCUGGACAUCCAGGCACCACUCCACCCCGAGAAGGUGUGCUACACCAUCUAGCAUCCACCUGCCUGUAUGUGCCCUGAACAUCCAAUAAAGGCCCCUCGCUAUAGCAUGGCAACUGACCUCCCUUUGCCUUGUGCCUCUCCC